AUGAGCAAGCGUAACUUGGUGUCGUAUGUGCGGCCCGCCGAGCCCGCCUUCCUGACCCGCUUCAAGGAGAGGGUCGGCUACGAGAAAGGACCCUCCGUGGAGACCAAGAGAAUCCAGCCUCAGCUCCCAGAAGAUGAUGCCGAUCGCAGUGACAAAGAAGAUGAACAGCCCCAAGUGGUAGUUUUAAGAAAAGGAGACUUGUCGGCUGAAGAAGUCAUGAAAAUUAAAGCAGAGAUAAAGGCAGCUAAAGAAGAUGAGGAGCCCACUACUGCUGAUGGGAGAAUCAUGUAUCGCAAACCAGUCAAGAAGCGUCCCUCUGAUGAAAAAUAUUCAGGUUUAACAGCAAGUUCAAAAAAGAAGAAGACAGAUGAAGAGGGAAGCAGUAAGCUGGACUCAGUUAAAAAGAACUCACAAAUGAAAAUCAAGAACAGUAGCCUCCUUUCUUUUGGCGAUGAAGAUGAAUAA